AUGGGAUUUAUCAAUCCAGGAAAACCUCUAAAUAAAAGAAAGGCUAAACGAAAUGAUUUACUAUCACCUAAAAAGCCAUCUAAGCUAAUGAAGCUUACUGAAUCAAAAGGAACAUUCAUUCCAUCAUCACAACAAGAGAUGCCUUCAGAUCAUUUUACAUUAGACUCAUUACCAAUUGAAAUACUACACAAGAUAUUUGCAUAUAUUGGACCUUAUGAUAAUACUUUACCAUUAGUUAACAAAAGACUACAUUCAAUACUUUAUUUCACGGGUAAUAAUACUUCUAGUGACUCAUGGUAUAAUUUUACAUUAUUUGAAAGAAUAGUCAAAGAUUAUUUCCUUUAUGAUCUCAAUGAAAGAAUUGAUAUGGAAGUAAUAGAUAUGAAACUAGAUUAUUAUGAUAAUCAAAUUAAACAACUCAAAGAGAAAUUCCCCAAUUUUAAUCGGAGCCAUACUUUUCAAAGAUUAGUAGAUAAUUUAAACAUUAUCAGACAAUCACUAGAUGCAUUUAUCUUCAACCAUGAGGUUCUAACAGUGGACAUUUUGAAUUUUAAAUUCAUAUCGACUCGACUAUUAAAAACAUUAAACCAAAGACGAUACAAAAAGGAUAAUGUUUACAUGCCAAUUAAAUCUAAACAAGAGAUAUUACUCUUACAAAAACUGAGAUUAAAAUUCUUGCGAUUCAAAUUCAAAGAAUUAGGAUUGAAUUUAAAAAAAAGUAUAGAAGAAUUGUCUAAUGAUGAGCCAGUGCCACGAAUAACAUACGAAAAUUUAAAUUGCAUAGUUGAUUCAGUUUCUGAUGAAUUGGAAGAUGAAACAAAUCCAGAGAUUAAAAUCUAUAAUGAUGAAAAUUUCCCUACUGAAGGAUUCUUUUGGUCGAUUAGUGAACAAUAUAUUAAACUCCAUGAUAAUUACAUUGUAUACAAUGAAGGAUUUGAAACAGUGGAAAAGCAAGCUUUUGGAAGAGUAAGAAUUCCAUAUUUUUAUUUCAUUAAAAGCAUAUAUUCUGAAAGACAUUACGAUGUGUUGAAAUUUAUAACACAAUCAUUUGAAUUUGGUACUAUUGAUGGUCCUCAAGUUAUGGUUGAGAUGUUGGACAUACUUGAAAAACCAGAUAAUUUCCCUACAGCAUAUUGGCCACGGUUGAAUGGAAUUAUUGAAAUGAUUAUGACUUUUAAUGAUGUUCAAAAUAAAUUCACCGAGACAGUAUCGCUGUUCUUUAAACUCUACGAGUCUUGUGUCAAAAGGGAUUAUUCAACUUCUAAAUCAAAACAAGGCAAAAGCUUUCCUAAUUUCAUAGCAAAGGCAAUGACUAUGCUAUUACAAUAUUUCUUUGACCAUGAUCCUACAACUGAAGAGAAAAGACAAUUAUGGAUAACUGCAAUGGAGUUAAAGAACAUACAUAUUACUGACUUAUUACGUGAGUUUGAUGAUACUCCAGAUUAUGACAUUCUACAUAGAUUUAUAUAA